UAUCCUCACGUCGUAAGCUCCAGAGCAACGAUAGUUUGCAGCCGUCCCAUUAUCCCAGACAACCACCACCUCCUCGGGACUUUCAAAACUCCUAACGGUGCCAACAUGUCCCUCUCCGCCGUCCUGCUUGCCCCACUUCCAGUCGGGUCCGCGGACCACUCUGGCCCCCACUCCUUCCAUCAUGGCUCGGUUGUUCCUGCCGGUGGUCAUUGACGUAGAAGACAAAAGAUCGCUAUGCUUCUGCAAAUGUUUUAGUUAAUCUUAGCAAGCUAGCCCGGGUGAGCUAGCUAGCAGGCUAGCAGCGAGCAGGUUCCGAAUGCAAAGCUCGAGCAAGUCCGAACGGAGUCGAAACACCAGCCCGCGAAGCUAGCCCACUAGCCACAGUGCCUGAAGGAGGAUGGGUCUUCUUUGAGAAGCGAAAGCUUCAUUCACACAUGGAGACGAAAGGCUUGUGAAGCAGCGACAUUGUUUGCCCAGCCAGUAUUUGCAGACCAAAGAGGAGUCUCCCAGCCGUGGACAGCAGGCGGCGCCAUCAGGCGGUCAAACAGCACCACUCCUUGUGCAGGCGGCUUGCAGGAGAGUCUGGUCGGGAUUAAACACACAAGGCACCUUGCAAUGAUCUCGCUGGACCUCAAUUUCAAUAUUUUGACAAGGGACCUGUCUCAUUAUCUGGAAAACCAAGUCAAAGUUGGACUCUUCGGCUCGGGUGUUGGACUGUCUCUGGUGCUGGGCUUCAGUGCAGCCUACACCUGCUACUAUCUUAUAUCGGUAGCCAAGAAGCCACAGCUCAUCUCAGGGGGCAAGAAGUUUUACCAAUUUCUGCAUGAGCAAUGUCCCGUAGUGUCCGAGACCUACUACCCCACCUUUUGGUGCUGGGAGAGCCGCAUCCAGACUCUCCUGAGACCUUUUGUCACGGCCAAACCCGGUGUUGUCUACAGAAAUGAGCUUAUUAAGGCAGCAGAUGGAGGACAGAUCUCUUUGGAUUGGUUUGAUAACAAUGACAGCCCCGCUCAUCCCGACCCGGCCUCCAGACCCACGGUUCUCCUCCUCCCCGGCCUGACCGGCACUAGCCGAGAGUCCUACAUCCUGCACAUGGUCCAGCAGAGCCAGGCUCUAGGCUAUAGAGCUGUGGUUUUCAACAACAGGGGAGUGUCGGGGGAAACUCUGCUGACGCCUCGGACCUACUGUGCCGCCAACACAGAGGACCUGGAGACUGUUAUUGAGCAUGUCCACAUCACCUACCAUGCCGCUCCCAUCAUGGCGGCGGGCGUGUCCAUGGGCGGGAUGAUGCUCGCUAACUAUUUGGGGCGCAAGGGCCAGGAAACGUGCCUGAAAGGGGUGGUGGUCUUCUCGGCGGGCUGGGACGUAUUCGAGUGCACAGCCUCGCUGGAAAAGCCGCUGGACCGUUUCCUUUUCAACUCUUACCUCACCAGCUGCCUCCAAGCCUCCGUGCACAGACACAGACCCGUGCUUGAAAAGUGUUACGACAUUGACCACGUUAUGAAGGCCAAGACCAUCCGAGAGUUUGAUGAGAGGUUUACGUCCAUCAUGUUUGGUUACGCCACCAAUGACGACUACUACCACGAUGCCAGUCCUGUCCACAGGUUGAAAUCGGUGCAGGUGCCGAUGCUGUGUCUCAAUGCUGCCGAUGACGUCUUUUCCCCAUCUCAUGCCAUCCCAGUGGAAGCGGUGAAACAGAACCCCAACCUUGCCAUGCUUAUUACCUGCCACGGCGGCCAUAUUGGCUUCCUGGAGGGCCUGUGGCCGAGGCAGAGCACUUACAUGGACCGAGUCUUCCGACAGUUUGCCCGGGCGGUCAUUGAGCAAGGAGGUCGACUCAAAGACCUCUCCUGAGAGGACCUUCACCAAGUGUCCAACAACACUCCAACACUCAUUCCAUCUAGUCUUUAUUUUUCCAUUGUUGCACUUUUCAACCCUCCAACUUUCCUGCGUUCUAUCCUUUGUCCUUACCUCACUUCCUGUCAUCCAUUCCUUUAUUUGUCCUUCUUUGUCCCAAGUUAAAAAGCAAGCAAAAGUGCACAACCUAUUCUCUGAGAUCAACUUCAUUUUAUUUAUUCUAAUCAUUGUUUUUUUGACCAUGGCUUCAUUGAAAGUGAUAUUUAGGACAAUGUUUGGCCACAUUAGCUAGCUGUAAAAAUGAUUUUAAUACACGUACUGUACAAGGAAUUCAACCAUGUUAGCUCACAAUCCAUCCUUUAGUGUUCAUCUAUUGGAUUUUAGCCCUCAGGGAUUUUAUUUAGUUAUACUUUGGUUUCUCUUUAAAAGGAAUAGUUUAACCUUUCUGGCACUUUUUCUCCAGUUUAACACUCCUGCACUAGUUGAUGCUAAGACAGGACUAGCUUAUGCUAACGUAGAAGUGGACUUUUAUGUCCUCUACACAAAAAUAACUACAAAUAACAGGUAAUGCAAGAAUUUUGUAUGUGAAUAUUAAAUUAUCCAGUAAUUAAAGGGGACCUAUUAUGCUUUUUCAAUUUUAAUUACUUUUAAAUGUUGUUAGAAUGUUCUAUUCUUGUGUUAAAAAAUGUCAAACUUUAAGAUAAUGAGUUUUGUGCAUUUGGAAGUUAGUCCUGAAAGAAGUUUGGGAUGGCUCUGAAUGCUUGGCUUCAGACAGUUUUUUUCUAACACUGUCUUGCUCUGGUGUCACAGUGAGCUGGGCAUCCUCAUAUGGGCGUUCCCGGGUACAAGCUGUGCGCCUGAGAGUGUGACCAAUCACAACAGAGUGGGUGGAAUAAAUUAAAACAGACUGUUUUGGAAAAUCCAAGAAAAUACAGUUUGAAUAGGUGCAGAUUCUGGCAGAUCUAGAAAGCUUUCUGUGCGGCUUAGCUUGUGUAGAUGCUCUAUAGGAGACCACAACUAAAUACAAAGGGCCAAAAUUAGCACAAUAGGUCCCCUUUAAUUAAAAUGUGAAAUGUAUCCACAAACGUUUUUGAUUGAAACAGAUUUUCACUGCACAGCUCAACCUGUCAGAUCCUUGAUCUCACCCACCUCCUGAUCGAUCGACAGAUUACCUCAUUUGUAACAAGUAACUAAACAAGGUAGAUUUAAUUAUUUAAAAAUUGAAAGGUUUGAAUAAAUAAAUAUAAUAAGCUUAAUUAAUAUAUAAUGUACUGUAUUUUGGUAUUUUAUUCUUACAUUGCAAUUAAAAUUAAUUUUAAAAAUAUUUUAUUUUAAAUAACAACUGAAGUACAAUUUUAUUCUGUUAUUCCUCUUUUUAAUUUUGCCAUUAAAAAGAUCAAUUCCUCCACUAAUGCAAAACAAAGAGCUCGAGCUUUAGUGUCACAUGGCUGUUUUGAAACGACUGUCGUUUAGCAGUUAGCAUAUUGAACUGUAUUGGUGGUUUAAUGCGGUGUAAGCUUACGACACAGGACAAUAAAAUUGUCUAUGAAAUGUUGAAUAAUCUUCACGCAGUUUAACUUUACCGCAUACAUAUUACUCCGUAACCACCUGUGUUUUUUUUUAGUUAACGUUAUUGAUGAUGACAAGGAAUGGGGAAUUACACUGUUUUUGUUUUAGCCAUGCCUCUAAUUCCUGAAUAAUUCACAGCACCUCAUGUCAUGUGCUAUGUUAAAAAAUUCCAAAGGCAGUACUGAUGUGAUGGGGCGCUAAAUGUGUUUGAAUGUAAUGUGACGCACACAGGAAGUGUACACAAUAAACC